CCCAUUCUAACUUUCGUCCUUGUCUCAGCUUUACAUAGUGCUAAGUGGCCUGCUAGGCUGAUACGUACAAGAUUGAUUUGAUUUCUUGGAGUUAAGUUUUGUCCUUUGGUACCCCAUAUUCUUAAUGCCCCGACCGUUGCUCAAUGGUUUCUGUAUGGGAUCUCGUACUAAAUGCUUCUUAAUUCCAACAACCAUGUCUUGCUUGAAUUUAGUAUUCAGCCCUCUGUGAUGACACAUACAUUUUGAAAUACUUGUCUGAUUUUUGUUUCCUUGUCUUAAAAGACUUGUUGAGUUUCGUUUUUAGGGUAUGGGGAGAGACAUGGAUAUGAAUGUGCUUCCUGUUCUUCAGGACUACACAAUGUUGUCCACCUUCAGUUGGAUUUUGUUACCAUUCUCGUUACUUGUGUUUUGUCCGAUCCCAUUUCUCAGUAUUCAUUGUAUCAUUUAUGUCCCAAAGUGAACACGUUAUGAAAAAGUUGAAAGAACAAUUGCGUCAUUAUGUAUGAAAAAAAAAACAUAUCCAAUAGAUAGCUUUUGAAAUUGAAGAACAAUCGCAGAUUCAUGAAAGCUUUGAGCUUUAAAAAAAAAAACGCACAGAGACAGAUUGGUUAAUCUUCUUGUCCUAAAGGAAAUACCUUGGUCUGGUCUGUUAGGAAACGGUCAUCUUUUACUUCUUGCAGAGAUUCGCUUCGAUUGCUUCUCUUCUCUUUGAUUCGACUCUAGGGUUUCUCUUUUACUUCUCGUGUCGUGAUUGAAAGUUUCAGUUUUUUUUUUUGUUUGGGGUAUCAAAGAGGGUUCUGAUUUCAUUCCGUUGCUUCAAUCAUUGCAAUCGUUUCUGUGUCUCGCUUUUAAGAUUUCAGAAGCUAUCGAAUGCCCCCUUCUGCUUUCUCCAUCAUCUUCAGCAAUGUUCAACCUCCUGUAAAAGCUUGUUGUUGCCAAAUUGGCUGAUUGUGUUUUUUUAGGUGUUUUCUCUGAAUUAGUUUGAUGGCAGGAAAUGGAAUGCCUACAUUGGGUCGUGUCAAGGUUUGUGAUUUAGCUCCUAGUGAAGGUUUACCUUCUGAUUCUUACAAGUUGGCCGUGACUACAUUAUCUCAAUCUCUGGCUCAGUACUCUGCAGCCAUCAUCCAGUUUCCAACUAGCGAUGGAGCUCUCCUUAGAUCUGGUCUUGAUUCUGCUCGGCUCUAUUUUCAUCAGAGAGAUUCAUAUCCAGCCGCUAAUAAUAAUAUGAUCCACACAAAUGAUUCAAGUGAUUGGUGCAAGACCUCUGGCUACUAUGCAGAUCCUCAGUCGUGGCAAGAGAGUUACGAGUACAGACCCGGUUUGAGUCCCACUGAGCCAACCAAUUCUAUGGAGUUCCCUCCAUCUGGUUUGCCUGAUAUCUUUGCUUUACUAGGCAAAGCUGCUCGUGUAGUUCUUGAUGCCAUUGGUUUCUAUUUGAACUUGAGAAGCUGUCCUUUUACUGAGAUUCUUGAUAAUGUUCCUUUGAGGAGUAAUGAGAUAUCGUCCUCUGUGUUGUCUGUUUGCUGUUAUGCUAGGCCGUCAUUUCAUGGAGCACAGCACCAUAACUUAACAGAAGACGAGCAGCUUAUCCUGUAUUCAGACCAUGAUCACCAACUUGACAAGAGUCUGAUCUCGUUUGUGAAAUCAGAUAAGGCAGGGUUGCACAUCAGGGACAUGCAUGGGCAAUGGAUUUUAGUUGAUAUGGAUCUUGGUCCUCAAGAGGCUGUUGUAUACCCGGGGCUAGCUCUUUACCAGGCUACAGCAGGAUAUGUGAGUCCAGCAGUUCACAGAACCGAUUUAAACAGUAUGCAAGGAAGUAUAGAAGGGAGGUUCUCCUUGGCCUUCAAACUCAUGCCAAAAUCAAUGACCAAUCUGAGUUGCUCUGAGAUGAGAGCUGCAGGUCAUGGUGUUGAAGCUCAGUUUCAGCUCCCUGUUUCAGUUGAUGACUUCAUGCAGAGACCUCACUCAAAUGAUGAGCUCUUUAACAGACAGACUUUGCAAAGCUUCAGCGUCCCUCAAUCCCAGGAUGGGUCAAUGAAACAGCUGAAAAAGCGGAGGAAGAGCGAUUCCAGAUGCAAACCACUACCACCGUCAAAGCGGCUGAGAUUAGAAGCGCAGAGAGUUCUGAAGGAACGAGUUCAGGAGAUUGCAGACAAAAAAGGAAUCAAGCUCAGAUUCUGCAACCUCAAGGAGUGCGAGAACAACCACAAUGUAAUGAACAGCCCUUGUGCGGAUAUAAAAAGGGAGAUUGGGUGGCCGCACGGAGUUCCAUUUGUUCAUCCUCACGACCUCCCCAAUAAAGCUAAAAUCGGUUUCCUAGAGACAUAUGAACCAGGAUGGUCUGAAACACAUGACAUGGAGCUCGGUCUCUCUGAAACCGCUCAGGGGAACCAACAUGUGACUAACUGUAACCAUUCUUUCACCCAAUAACUCGUGGUCCUUCCACUGAAACUUAAUUCCGAGGUUACCAGUUCAUAUAUUUUGAUUGCAGGAGAUGAGACAAUGAGAGUUCCAGUUUUGGUCUCUUGUGUUCCUUAAUUGUUCAGAUCAGGUUUCAGUGUCAGUGGUUGCACACGCUAUGUAUGAGCUAGGGAACAGCAAGACGAGAUACAGCUAUGUGAAUUACUCUUUUUAUUAUUUGACUCAUUGUACAUUGUGUUUUUGUAUGAUAUACAAGUAUAGCAUGUACCGAGAUUCUCAUCUAUGCACAAAAAUCAUCUCAUGUGGUAUUA